CCGCCCUCUAUAGACGACCUUAAUUUUAAAUGUCCGCCGCGAAAAUUUACGAUCGGUCAGAUCAGAUCCACCACCAUGUCUAUUUUAUGUCCAGGAACAUGCAGUGAACUGUCGACCGAUAAUAUUAAUAUUCUGAGAUCAGUAGGAAUCCGUACAGUGGUUGAUUUCCUGGCUCACAGUCCAGACCAAAUAGCCAAUAAAUGUUCAUUUUCUCAUACGGUAGUGUCAGCAAUACGUAGAGCUCUCUUAGCACAGCAUGCAUCCCUUGUGGUCUCGGGGUCAAACAUCUAUCAUCAAGUGUCACAAAAGCUGACAAUAUUACACACUGGAAUUCAAAGUAUUGACAAUCUCCUUAGUGGUGGCUUAUUAUCAACUGAACUCACUGAAUUAGCUGGUGCAUCUGCAGCAGGUAAAACACAGCUUUGCCUGGCAGUGGCUGCAAGAACCAGUCUAGUUCCAAAACACUGCGUAUUAUACAUCAGCACUGGUGCUGAUUUUUCUUCUGAGAGGUUAAGAGAAUUAAUGAUUUUAAGUGGUUCACCACAAAAGAAUUUAUCUGAAGCACUAGAGCAAGUGAAAUGUAUACAUGCAUUUGAUGUGUUUCGACUCCUUGAAGUACUUCACAAUCUUCCAGCAUUAAUACAUAAUGACAGUGUCUUCUAUGCUCAUCUUAAACUUGUUAUUGUUGACUCAAUUGCUGCAGUAAUUGCACCCAUAAUUGGAGGCAAGCAAAUUGAAGGACAUGGACUAAUGAUGCAGGUGGCACGGAAACUGAAAGAAAUUGUUGUUGAAGAAAACAUUGCUGCUUUGGUAACAAAUCGUGUUGUGCAAUCUGACAGGAAUUCAAUAAAACCUGCUUUGGGAGCAUCCUGGUUACAUGUACCACAUACACGCAUACUACUGACCAAUCAGAGAGAAGAUGGUACAGAUCAUAGCAUAUUGAUACGCAAAGCAACAAUCAUCAAAUCUAUAAGACAGCCUAUCAAUCUGACCACAAGAUUUGUCCUACCUGGAAAUUGAAAAGCUGGUUGACAAGUAAAUAGUUUAAUGGUGGAAUAUUGUUGUUGUAUAUGAUUGCAUAACUUAUGGCAAAAUGAUCUGGAAAACUACUUUACUGCAGGUGUGUAUACAUGGUACACUGAUUCUCUGUACAAAGCAUAUUUGAUAUGAAGAAAAAAGAAUGUAAAACCAGCGUUCAAGAACUGGUGGCCAACAAAUAUAUUGGUAUUUAUAGGUAGAUAGACAAGUCCAUGAAGAACAGAAUUGUCGACUGCCCAGAGAUAGCUGAAAUUAAAUUGUUAAGUUCUGACUCUCCAGCCAUAGCAAUAUUUUUUUUAAAUGUCUUUUGAUUAUUAAUUUCAAUAUAUACCGUACUGUAAAUGUUAAUAUCAAAAUGUGUGUAACCCUUUUGUAAGAUGUAAAAGAUAUAAUAAGUGUAAAGAUUUUGUAGUCCUUUAUGUUUUGUUUAAAUGUACAUAAUGUUGAAAGAUGGUUAAGAAGAGAAACAAUUUUAUGUGUAUUACAAAUAGAAUUUGAAAAAUAUUCUGUUAUUGUUGAGCUACAUAAACUAAACUAAAAAAUAAAAUUAAAUAUUUGAUUCAGUAUCAAUUUACUCAAAAUGAUUGUGCAGCGCUAGAACCAUUGGAUGGGGGUUGAAAUUAAAUGGAAAGAUAAUAAUUGCAUGUGAAACAAUUUUAUGUGUAUUACAAAUAGAAUUUGAAAAAUAUUCUGUUCUUGUUGAGCUACAUAAACUAAACUAAAAAAUAAAAUUCAAUAUUUGAUUCAAUUAAAAAUUGUUAUGCAUAUAUUAAAAGAAAUAAAUUAAGAAAUCAUAAAAAAAAAAGAUCUGAUUUAUUCUGUUAAGCAGUACAACGUAGUCGAUAUCAUUGAAUUGUAUUCAAAUUUUAAGUCUGAGAGUGCCAUUUUCGGUCAUCUAGAGGUGCCAUAAUCGUAAAUUUUCUCACUUCUAUUUCAAAUUUCUGGAUUCGCCACUGGUAUACGUAGGCCUAACUUACUGUAGUUUUUGAUUUCAUAGUAUUACUAUUAGGCCUAUUAAAAUUUACUGUACAAGUGUAGGCAUAUCUUACAAAUACAGUACAGUAAUUAGGCGUAAGCCUACAUGGUAAGCUUUGCCUGGGCGCUCAGGCCCAUUUUUUAUAUAUUCUUAGGCAAUUAUCAUUUUAUUUUUACUAUAUAUAACCUUACCAAGGAGGUAUAAAAAAAAUUGCACCAGCUAGAAUAACUACCAUGUUAUGUAGCACUGGCUAGUUGUAAGCAGAAGCCUCUUCCAAAAUCCUUCAGAAAACCAAAUGCAUCUAAGACUUAUCACGUAACUCUGUUUCUCUAGAGAAGACGAAAGUUACUGAACAGUAGUGCCAAUAAAUUUAUUAAUUAGUAAUUUCAUAAUAGAUAUUUCAUAAUGAUUGACAAUGAUUAUUAAAUAAUUAGAAUUGGUAAUUAGUAACAAAUAAUAAUUCAAAAUACUCCAUCCUUACUAAGCAUAUGCAAGAUUUGCCACCCUAUUUCAAAGACAAAAUAUUUCCUAAGAUAAGCCAUCAUAUUUCUCUAGAUAAACUACUGUGGCGGAUGCAGAGGGUGCGGUCGCAACCCCGUAAAUUGUAUUAAGAAAAAUAAUUGUUGUAUUGUAUUGUUGUAAGGUAUGAGAGUGCAAUUUCCGGGCACCUAGAGGCAGGCGUGGAUCCAGACCUCUUCGCACCGUUUGCCAAUAUAAAGUGGUGGUCUGGCGAAUUCCAACUCUUUCUGUCAGAAAUGGCACUAACCUAAACCAAAGACAAAAAUAUAUAGACAAAAUAAACUUUUUGCAUUGUCUAAGUAUUAAUCAAAGAAAGACUAAUUAAAUCGGCUGCGCGAUAACAUACAGUA